AGAAACUCAUGGAGACUGUUUAUCUUUGAUGAUGUUGGAGAGAAGAAUGCCUGUGACAGAAGUGGAGCCAGGACAGUUUGUUCAUGCCUUCACUCGCUCUCCCACUCAUCUUCAGCCAACCAUAUUAGCAAAUGUUGGCUUGCAGGUUGGUGAUAAUAUUGUUGUAUCAUCAAAGACUGAAAUUGCUCUGAGCUUGGGGGUAAUAUUUACCUUUGAAGAGGACUGUGUCAGAGUUGUUCUGGACAGAAAUUUGAAAUUAUACCCCAACUGGCAGGAAAAGAUAUUUAGUGUAGAUCGGUGUGAAUACCAGAAUACGAUGAGCAUCAACUUCACUAACCUGGCCAAGCUCCUAAUGGAUACAUCCCAGGCAUCUCACUUGAGAGGCUUGUUGAUUGAUAG